GCGGCGAGCACGGUCUUGGUCUUGCUCUGCGCCAUCGCGUUUCAAACGCUAUUUUCGCAGUCGCACUAUCCCAGACGAACGGCCACACGUCGGUUUCGAGCUCGAAUGGGCGCGACCGAGUCGUUUGGCGUGCGAGCCAAGCUCCGCGACACGCUGCUAUUGCGUCUCCACCUCGCGACGAGCAAACGUACGGAGCCGCUCGAGACACACCUCCUCCAUCGCUACUUUGAGCGCCACGACCCGACGUGCCGAGGGUACGUGCCCAUGGACGUUGCGCGCAGCGUGGCCAUGCAGAUAGCACAGACGACGUUCCCAGCCCUCGAGGCGAUGUUUGACGUGGACCACAAUGGCUUUUUCCAUUACACUGCGUUCCUCUCGUUCGUGUGCCGCGACAAGCUGCACGUGGAGAUGGACAAGCCCAUUGGCAUUGUUGGCGUCUACACGGUCUCGAAAGGUCUCUGCGCCGUCAACGGCGCCGCGGUCACGGUCAAACGCACGCAGCUGCAGUCGAUCGAGAUGGUCGAGACCCUCGGCGACGCGAUUGGCAUUCUGGCGACGUUCUCGCACCCACGCCUGCUUCGGUACCUCCACAGCACGUGCUACGAGCAAACGUUUGUACUGUACCAAGAGUGGACCGAGGCCACGUCUCUCAAGACCAUUCUGUCGUCGUUUGGGCGCAUGAGCGAGCCGACGAUACGGCGGUACUUGGCACAGGUCAUCGAGGCCAUUGUCUAUUUACACCGUGUCGGCAUCGUACACCGGGAACUCCACGGCGAAUCCAUCUACAUUGAUCGCGAUGGCAGCGUCCAAGUGGGGGAAUUUUACGCGGGGUGGCACUUGCGCACGGCAAGCUCCAACCUCCACAGCUUUCAAGACAGUCUCUACGACGUCUUUCGGCCACCAGAGACCCGCGCCGCCGCUCGGUCGUUUGGCACCAAGGCCGACGUCUGGUGCAUCGGCCUCGUCGCCCUCGAGAUGCUUUACGGCACAGCACACCUCAACCGUGUGAACGCUGCCCACAGCUCGCAGCCGCCGAUUCCGCACCGCAUCUCCCCCAUGUUUCGCAAGUUCCUCGACGCAUGUUUCGAGAUGACUCCGCGGGAUCGGCCCCACGCCGACGAAUUGCGGGUGUUUGCCUUUUUUCACAUGGCGCCGGACCAAGACGCCGAGUUCUUUGGCGCCGCAAGCUCUCUCGACAUCACGAUGAAGCGGCUUCAAGAGACAGCGCCGGAGCCAUCACCUUUUUCAUUACGUUGAUAUGAGUGUCCUCGCACUAUGAGAAUACACCUGGUAGCGUACCGUGCCAUACCGCAGUGUGAUCGUGAGAGUCAGCGCGGAUGAAGUUGCGUCUUUUUAGCCGACCAAUCCGCGCGCGAUUUUGUGAUCGCCGUCGUUUGAUUGAUCGAAAUCAG